UUGCUUGGUGCACAGAUUGGCUCGUCUCUUUUCGCCAGCUCAGAGGGUUCGGGUCUGUUCAUCGGCCUGGCUGGGACUGGGGCCGCUGGCGGAAUCGCUGUCGCUGGAUUUGAAUGGAACGCAACUUAUGUGCUGCUGGCACUCGCUUGGAUAUUUGUACCUGUCUACAUCUCCUCUGGGAUCGUGACAAUGCCAGAGUAUCUGGGGCGUCGUUUUGGAGGGGAACGGAUCCGAACAUACCUCGCUGUCCUCUCACUCCUGCUGUCCGUCUUCACCAAGAUAUCGACUGACUUGUACUCUGGAGCCCUGUUUGUCCAGGUGUGCCUGGGAUGGAACCUCUAUCUGUCCACUGUCCUCAUGCUGGUGGUCACUGCUCUCUACACCAUAGCAGGUGGACUGGCUGCUGUCAUCUACACAGACACUUUACAGACAUUUAUCAUGAUCAUCGGUGCAAUCAUCCUAACAAUUACUGCUUUUAACAAGAUAGGUGGCUACAACAAUCUGGAGCAAGUUUACAGCAUCGCGGUCCCAAGUAAAAUUAUCCCCAACAGUACCUGCCAUCUGCCACGGGCCGACGCCAUGCACCUGUUCAGAGACGCCGUCACCGGAGACCUGCCAUGGCCAGGCAUGACACUAGGGCUCACCAUACUAGCCACCUGGUACUGGUGCACAGACCAGGUUAUUGUACAACGAUCACUGUCAGCUAAAAACAUGAGUCAUGUGAAGGGAGCGUCGAUCUUUGCCGCUUAUCUAAAGUUGUUGCCCUUCAUCUUCAUCAUCCUGCCGGGUAUGAUUAGCCGAGCUCUCUAUCCAGGUGCGCACACUCACACUCACUCACACACACACACACACACACACACACACUGAACAUGCUGGCACAGAUUUUAAUGAAGAAAACAAAGGUAAACAUCUCACGUUUAUUCAGGUAGAAACUUGCUUUGCUAUCAGAAAUGAAAUGAACUGAUUUUGACAUCAGUUUGUAAAAGAGGUGUGUGUG